AUGAAGAUCCUAAUUGUGGCCGCAUUCGUGGCGCUGGCCUGCGCUGAUGAAGAGGGGGAGCAGAAGAAGCGGGGGGCGGGGAAGACCACGCUCAACGCCAUCCCCUCGGGGGGCGGCAAGACUGACUACACAUACAGCAUUUACAACCAAAACCCGGCCUCUAACUCCGUGAGCCCUUCGUAUCAAACGCAGGUGCCCAACUCCUUCUACCCGACUCAGUCGGGAGGCAGCCAGUACUACCAGCCGGGCGAGCAGGCGGGCUACCCUCCGCAGCCCGCGCCCUACUCCCCCCCCGCCGGGUACCCGCAGCCGCAGCUCAACCUGCUGCCGCCGCCCAGCUCCUCACAGUUCCUUCCCAUCAACUUCGUCCCGAACUCGGGAUACCAAGCCAAGUACCAGAUCAUUCCGUCAAAAGGCCCCAAUGGGAAUAUCCAACUAGCGAUUCUUCAGCCUCAAUCGUCGCUGCAAUCACCGCAAAUUCAGUACCCGCAGAGUAUAUUUCAAUCCAACUCUCCUUACCAAAUAAACGCGCCUCAUAGUUUCUUGAGUGGCGGGCAGGGGGGUUUCCCGAACUACCAGCAGUAUCUGGGGCAGCCGUCGAUGCUGCUACUGCAGCCCAACCCGUCGCUGUACAGCAAUCUGCUGUACCCGGGCGCUGGGCCCAGUCCGAGCCUAUACAACUACAACUACCAGGGGAGUCCCCAGGCAAAGUACAACGUGUACUACGGGGGCUCCCCACCGGCCAGUCAGCCGCCAGCGCCCAGUGACUAUGACAAGCUGCAAGCGGGGAGCCAGCACGCCGCCGCCAAGGAAGACAAUGAGAUCAACAUUCAAACAUCCGAUUACAUAACCCCCGAAUCAUCCAAUUACAAAAACUCCUACGUUACUAGCCGCACCUCGUAUAAAAACUGAUUAUCGUGUAAGUUUUGCUUUUUUAAGGUUAGCGGUUUAUUAGUUUGUAUGUUGCCAUGAUUGUUGUGUUCUAUUUAUGAAAGUUGUUUUUAUUUUUUUAAGACUGUUUUGUUAUUAAGCUUGCUCAAGUUAUUGUGUUACCGAUAAUAAAAUCUUUA